UGAUUAACCACUCUCUGUAUGAUCUCAUGCACGAAGAUGAUCGCUUGAAAUUUUUCAAUUUACUCUCAAAGCAACAAUCUCAAGGCUUUUUGGGUGAGAUGGGUGUCAUAUCUAAAUUCUUCUCCUUUAACUACUAAAAAAAACCUCAAAAUGUUUGUUUUCCAAUGUUAUGAGACAGCUUGUAAAAGAAGAUGUUACCUAGUUCACUUCAAUUUCUCUGUGAUGAUUAACCUUGAAAACUAUUUUAGGGAAUAAAUGAAGCAGGAAACAUCAUUUCCUCCUUUAUUAGAAAUUUAAGAAUGGCCAUUAUUUGUAUAGGAGAAUUUCAAACCUGUAUGGGGGCUUUGGUUAUCAUUUUGACUGGCAUUUAAUUAUGUGUGGUUUCAGAUGAGAACAGUAUAUCUUUCAACUGUCAUCUUAGAAGAGGAACAAUUGAUCCUGCAGAGACGGCAACUUACGAGUAUGUUAGGGUUUGUGGAACAUCACAGUACAUGAGCGAAAUAGAGGGUGAGUGAGCCUUAGUUCAUUAGUGAAAUAGAGGGUGAGCAAGUAUUAGUGAAAUAGGUGGUGAGUAAGCCUUAGUUCAUUAGUGAAUUAGAGGGUGAGUGAACCCUAGUUCAUUAGUGAAAUAGAGAGUGAGAAAGCCUUAGCUCUUUAGUGAAAUAGAGAGUGAGUAUUAUUUAGUGAAAUAGAGAGUGAGUAUUAUUUAGUGAAAUAGAGAGUGAGUAUUAUUUAGUGAAAUAGAGAGUGAGUAUUAUUUAGUGAAAUAGAGAGUGAGUAUUAUUUAGUGAAAUGGAGAAUCAGUAUGAUUUAGUGAAAUGGAGAAUCAGUAUGAUUUAGUGAAAUAGAGAGUGAGUAUUAUUUAGUGAAAUAGAGAGUGAGUAUUAUUUAGUGAAAUGGAGAGUGAGUAUUAUUUAGUUAAAUAGAGAGUGAGUAUUAUUUAAUUUAGUGAAAUAGAGAGUGAGUAUUAUUUAGUGAAAUAAUGACUUUUGUCAGGAGGGAAAACUGUUAUUAAUGAUUUCAUUUUGUAAAAAAAAAUCUUUUCAGGACUUCAAGCAUUGCAUAGUGCAUGCUCAAUGCAUCAAGCGGCAAAUAACUAGAUUAAUUAAAAAGCUAUUGAUCAAUUUGAGAAUCCUAGGGUAUUGGUUUUAAAUUAUGCAACAUAUUAACACAAAAUACUGAAGUCUAAAAAAUAAUAAUAUUGAAAUGUCAAAAAUUAAAGGUAUAACAUUCUAUGUAAUUCCCAAAAAAUGUACCCCUUAGAUGACAGUGUAAUAUGUGACAACAGUGAUUUUAUUGGAUUAGACUUACCAGAGCAGUCUCUGUGUUUCUGCUGUGCUGUACGCCUCCAGACCUCUCAUGUAAUCAGGGAAAUGUCAAUGGUCGAUGAGAGUUCAUGUGAAUUCACAUCUCGUCAUUCCCUUGAAUGGAAGUUUCUAUUUUUAGACCACAGGUGA